AGGAAAUUGCUGCGGGAGCCGCAUCCUCCCUGCGCUAGCGGCGCCAGAGGUGGAGACAGAGAGGGCGGAGGAGGCAGCGAAAGGUGCCGCAGAGAAAAAAGUGUCAAAGCCAGUACGGCUUUAGAAUACGGUGAAGGAUACUUUUCAUGGUGCAUGGAAGGAAAGCCAAUGCGCAGGUGUACCAACAUUCGACCAGGAGAGACUGGAAUGGAUGUAACAAGCCGCUGCACCCUUGGAGACCCCAACAAACUGCCAGAAGGGGUUCCCCAACCUGCUCGCAUGCCCUAUAUUUCAGACAAGCACCCUCGGCAAACCUUGGAAGUGAUCAACCUUCUGAGAAAGCACCGAGAGCUAUGUGAUGUGGUGCUAGUUGUGGGCGCUAAGAAGAUAUAUGCCCAUCGAGUCAUCUUGUCGGCCUGCAGUCCCUACUUCCGAGCAAUGUUUACAGGAGAAUUGGCCGAAAGCCGCCAGACAGAAGUAGUGAUCCGAGACAUAGAUGAGAGGGCUAUGGAACUACUGAUUGACUUCGCAUAUACCUCCCAGAUAACUGUGGAAGAAGGCAAUGUUCAGACUCUCUUGCCUGCUGCUUGCCUCCUCCAGCUGGCAGAAAUACAAGAAGCCUGCUGUGAAUUCUUAAAGAGACAAUUAGACCCUUCUAAUUGCCUGGGCAUUCGGGCUUUUGCUGACACGCAUUCUUGCCGUGAGUUACUAAGGAUUGCAGACAAGUUCACACAACAUAACUUUCAAGAGGUAAUGGAGAGUGAAGAAUUUAUGUUACUUCCAGCCAACCAACUUAUUGAUAUAAUAUCUAGUGAUGAGCUCAAUGUUCGGAGUGAAGAACAAGUGUUCAAUGCAGUAAUGGCCUGGGUCAAAUACAGUAUUCAGGAAAGGCGUCCUCAGUUACCCCAGGUGCUGCAGCAUGUUCGUCUGCCUUUGCUUAGUCCCAAGUUCCUGGUGGGCACCGUCGGCUCUGAUCCUCUCAUUAAAAGUGAUGAAGAAUGCAGAGACUUGGUAGAUGAGGCUAAAAACUACCUCCUAUUGCCUCAAGAACGACCUCUAAUGCAAGGACCAAGGACAAGGCCACGGAAGCCUAUUCGAUGUGGAGAAGUGCUCUUUGCAGUUGGUGGUUGGUGUAGUGGAGAUGCCAUUUCCAGUGUUGAACGGUAUGACCCACAGACCAAUGAGUGGCGAAUGGUAGCUUCCAUGAGUAAAAGGCGAUGUGGAGUUGGAGUCAGUGUUCUUGAUGACCUGUUGUAUGCAGUAGGCGGCCAUGAUGGAUCCUCCUAUCUCAACAGUGUUGAAAGAUAUGACCCCAAAACAAACCAGUGGAGCAGUGAUGUGGCCCCUACAAGCACCUGCAGGACAAGCGUUGGUGUGGCAGUACUUGGAGGUUUUCUCUAUGCCGUGGGUGGACAGGAUGGUGUCUCUUGUCUCAAUAUUGUUGAGAGGUAUGAUCCAAAGGAGAACAAGUGGACUCGGGUGGCUUCUAUGAGUACUAGAAGACUAGGGGUUGCUGUGGCUGUAUUGGGAGGGUUCUUAUAUGCUGUAGGUGGCUCUGAUGGAACAUCUCCACUCAACACAGUGGAGCGCUACAAUCCUCAGGAAAACAGAUGGCACACCAUAGCCCCUAUGGGGACCCGAAGGAAACACUUAGGUUGUGCAGUGUACCAGGACAUGAUCUAUGCUGUAGGAGGGAGAGACGACACUACAGAGCUUAGCAGUGCUGAGAGAUACAACCCCAGAACUAACCAGUGGUCUCCCGUGGUGGCCAUGACAUCCCGCAGGAGUGGAGUUGGUCUGGCAGUGGUCAACGGGCAGCUCAUGGCAGUGGGAGGUUUUGAUGGCACAACAUACUUGAAGACCAUUGAAGUUUUCGACCCAGAUGCCAAUACUUGGAGGUUAUAUGGAGGGAUGAAUUAUCGUCGGCUAGGAGGUGGUGUAGGAGUUAUUAAAAUGACACACUGUGAAUCCCAUAUAUGGUGAACACAGAAAAAAGUCUUGCAUACGCUCCUUUAUAUUUGAAAGAGCCUUGACUUUGAAGCUUUGUACAGCUGAGAAAACGUUAGAACAAAUGUUAUUCUCUGCGGUGCCUCAACAUGCAGAAGUACAAGUCUAAGGACAGAACUCGCCUGCAGACGCCACCUUUGCACACCUUUCUGCUCUCUGCAGAGAGCGUUUAUUUGGGGCUUUAAUUUAUCAUGGAGUUUUGAUGAUUUCUGUUUUUGUUUUGUUGGUUGGUUUUGGGUUUUGGGGUUUGGGUUUUUUGUUUUGUUUUGUUUUGUUUUGUUUUGUUUUUUAACUUAUCUUUUGUACCAGAGGGGGCAAAAAGGAGAAAAUAAUUCCAAGCUGCAAAAUUUACUUUGCUUUCUAGGUUUGGUUUCGUUUUUGAAAAUACUGAUAAGGGCAGAAGGGCUAUGGUUACUCCAAUUAGAUACUAUCCAUCUACAAAGAUUGCCAGUGAUAAAGACAGAUAUUCAAAGUAUACUCGCUAGUUACUAUUCUUGCACUAAAUAUUAGAGCACUCCAAAAUGUAAAGGGGACUGGAAACGGUCCGGCGAGAGUUGUGUGCUGCUUUUGCAGAGGACCCAAGUUCAGUUCGCAGCACCCACAUCUGGCAGCUUACAACUGUGUGUAACUCCAGCUAGGCCAGUGGUUCUCAACCUCCCUAAUGCUGCAAUAC